AUGGCCGAAGGGAUUGACACUUUGCAAUCCCUGUACUCGCGUUCACGGAGGUCAUUUUCCGACGGCCCUUAUUCAAGCGCUGCGGGUGUGUCUCGUCGUACUGCUCGACGAGACCAAGGAUAUCAACAAUCAGCUGGGCACGAGGCUCCCAGCUGUGACAGGCCGGUGGAUAGCCACGCCAGCGGACGAGGUAACUCGUACGGGCGCCAUUCACGUCGCGGUGGUUCAAAAUACGCUCCACCAGAAAGCUUUUGCCACCGCCUAAGUCCACCAAAGGAUGUGCUGGUGGCGGGAACACCUGAUUUGGCUCGAGGGUCGGAUCGGCUUGAUGUUCGGGAGCUGAACCGUGUAACGGAACAGUUACAAGAUGACCUGGCUCAUGAACGGACUCGGCGUUAUGAGCUCCAUGAUCUUGUAAAGGGUAAUUACAAUUCCUUCACGCACGAUCGUUCGGACGAUGGUGCCGCGUUUGCGUUCGCACAACUUAAGAACGAACGUCCGACGCGUUCUCUUCUUGACAAGCUGGCUGUAGCUCGUCGAGACAUCGCUGAACUGCGUGAACAGGUCGAUUUGCUAGUCGACCAGACUGGCUCGUUGAAAAGGGACCACUCGAAGGUGGUCUCGGCUCUCGACCGCGGAGGUGUUAUUCGCAUCUUGAAACGGGCUCGUACUGAUAGUACGAGCGGAGACGACCGACGUAAAACAUAG